AUGCUGCAAGAAGAAAUUGCUGCAACUUUCGACGAACCAGCAGGAACUUCACAGCCUGUAAAAGUGAAACAUGAGCCGCAAGAAUCGUUGCUCUUCGAUGCUUUGAUGUCACAAGAGAAUACAGAGCCGCAAGGUGAUGUUUCACAUAUCGAUAUAUCCUUGAACACAGUCGCUAAAAGUGGUGAGUUUUUUUUUUGAAAGAAAAGAAAACAACGAGACUCCGCUUACGCUUACGCGCCAACAUUUAUUUUCAAAAAUAAGUAAAUAUUUUUCAUUUUCCCCAUUUUUCUUGCAGAAAAUCAAAAACCCAAUUGGUUUCCAUCGCGAAGUAGUCGAUCGAUAGUCUGGGAUCAUAUAAGUUGGCUCGAGGCGACACAACGGGCCGCCUGUAAUUAUUGCAGCGCCGAAUUUCAAAUCAAAGGCGGCACCUCUGCAGUUUUGCGACAUUUGAAGACGAUUCACCCGCAAAACAUUGAUUUCGACCCAACUUUAGAGCCAGUCAAAAAACGAAAAAAGAAGACGGAAAAUGAACAUGAGAAUAGUGUGGAGAUUAAUGAUGCGACAAAAUCGUAUAUGGAUAAUUUGCUGAAACAAUUCAUGCCAGAUGCUGCUGAAAUUGGUGAUUUUAGUGGUUUUAUGGGUGGAAAUGAAGGUUCGGUGAAGGGAAAUGGAAGUAAUGGCGGACAAUCGAGAGCUGAUUCGGAGAUUGAUGAAGUUAUUCGAAGUUUACAACAGGUGAGAGGGGAUUUUUGGUUGGCUUGGCCGAACUCCCGACAAAUUUCUCGGCCACUCGGAAAAAUAAUUUUAUUAUCUAAAAUAUCAUCGGUACCACGCGCUCCAUCGAAAUAAACACGCAACGCAGACCGCGUCGCGCCACAGCACACACAAAUAAGGAAACGAUUCAAAUUCCUCCCUUUUUUGUGUGUGUCGUGGCGCGGCGCGGUCUGCGUUACGUGAUUUCGGUGGAGCGCGUGGAGAUUUUCGAUAAUAAAUGUUUUUUCCAGCAAGAAUCAACUCUAAUUCUACCCAACGAAAUCAUCCCGCAAACUCAAGCCAACAACGAUCAAGAACUUCGAAAAAUGCUCGGAAUCCCUGAAGAUCAGCCAACUAUUGUGGAAGAUAUUGGAGUUAGUGCAAGUGCAAGUCCACCGAAAAAUGCGAAAUUCGGAAAAUUCUCGCUGUCAUUGCUGUCUUCUAUCAAACGACCUGAAGGAGCGGGACCAUCGGGAACUUCGAAUAAUUUAAAAGUUGAAUUAGGAGGAGCUCUGGGCUCACAACAAUUUGCAGGGAAAAUGGAGCAGGAAUCGAGAGCUCUUUAUAAUCAAAGUCUGAAAUCUACGAUUGCUCGUGAAAAUGCGAUGACAAAUUAUUAUAAUUUGAAAUCGCGCUAUCUUCAAUUAUCUUUGGAAAAACUUGAAAAAGAAAUGUCUUCUUCUUCUUCAUCUUCUCCAAAGUAA